UGUUUUUCCACAGGCUGACAUAUAGCAGAAGAAACGUCUAGACGUCUCAUACACACUUUACGACAUCCUUACGGCAGCACGAAAGUCCCUUCUCUCCGACCAGUUGGCUGUUCAUGGAGACCCCCAGCUGGGCAGAAACCAAGCCAGGAAGUGGUCUGUGCAAACCAGGAACCAUUGCUCUGUUUGGUAACGUGGUGUACAGCGGACUGCUCAACGAGCACUUCUGGCACUUCGGGGUUCCCCUUGUCACCAGACUGGGUAACCAAGAGGCCCAAGCUCCCCCUGAAGCCAUGGCCCAACCCUUCCCACAGGCCCAGUACCCCCCUCCCCCACAGAAUGGGAUCCCAGCUGAGUAUGCCACCCCCCACACCCACCCACCGGCAGAAUACACAGGACCAAGCACGGUGGCCGAGCACACCCUGACACUCUACACGCCUACACACACACAGAGCGAACAGCUGGGAAAUGACAGCAACACCCCCACUCUCACAGCCAACACAGUAACCCAGGCAGAGGAGGUUGCACAGACGGAGGGCUCCCAGCAGCUCCACCUGCAGUCCAGCGACUCGUUGGAAAAGCAGCAGCCCAAGAGGUUACAUGUCUCCAACAUCCCUUUCCGUUUCCGAGACCCUGACCUCCGGCAAAUGUUUGGGCAAUUUGGCAAGAUUUUAGACGUGGAGAUUAUUUUUAAUGAGCGAGGCUCCAAGGGCUUUGGGUUUGUAACAUUUGAAACGAGUGCAGAUGCUGACCGUGCACGGGAGAAACUAAAUGGUACAAUCGUAGAGGGACGCAAAAUAGAGGUCAACAAUGCCACAGCCAGAGUAAUGACAAACAAAAAGGUGGCAAACCCUUAUACAAAUGGCUGGAAGCUGAAUCCAGUGGUUGGAGCAGUGUAUGGCCCUGAAUUUUAUGCAGUGACAGGGUUUCCAUACCCCAGUACAGGAGCAGCUGUGGCCUAUAGAGGGGGCCAUUUGAGAGGGAGGGGACGCACCGUCUACAACACGUUCCGUGCUGCACCUCCUCCUCCACCCAUCCCUGCCUACGGAGCUGUGGUCUACCAGGAUGGCUUUUAUGGAGCAGAAAUAUAUGGAGGGUAUGCAGCUUACAGAUAUGCCCAGCCAGCUGGUACUGCUGCAGCUGCAUACAGUGACAGUUAUGGCAGAGUCUAUGCAACAGCAGACCCAUAUCACCAUACGAUUGGUCCUGCAGCCACAUACAGUGUGGGCACUAUGUAAAUAAAAGAAAUACUACAGGGAUGAGUACAGAUGGACAUCAAAAAAAGAGAAGAACAACAUGGACACAGAAGGACACUAAGAUUAACAAAAAACAAGAGCCGAUUUGUAAAGGAGCCCUUCUAUCAAGAAUUACAGGGAUCUGAAAGGAGGUCGAGGGAUGUAUGUGGGCCUGCUCUGAGGCCAGGGACUGAACCAUCAAGCCUGUAGUUCUGGCAAAGGGGCGCCUCCUGGCUCUGACCCCUGAAAAACAAGCCUUGCUAAAUGGAAGAGACCAAUUUGAGAAGUCACCAUAUAACAUUUUAUUUUUGUAAACAUUUUUUUAAGUUUAUGAUUUCCAAAAGGAGCAAACGCUAAUGUACGUAUAUACAUAUUAUAUAUUAUAUGUGUGUAACAUAAUAAGUUUGUUUAAAAAAAAAAAAAAAAUGUGUCUUUGCAGUUUAGAAGAGGGAGUUGAGGAGAUGCUAGCUUUCUCCCUGUAUUCUGAGCAUCUCCCACCACACCCCACCCCCCUCACUCUUGUGUGUGUAUAUGUGUGUGUGUGUGUGUGUGUGUGUGUGUGUGUGUGUGUGUGUGUGUGUGUGCAUGUGUGUGUGUGUGUGUGUGUGUCUGUGUGUGUGUGUGUGUGUGUGUGUGUGUGUGUGUGUGUGUGUGUGUGUGUGUGUGUGUGUGUGUUUGGUUGUUUAGGGGUGGGGGGUAGGUGAUCCAGCAGACAUCACUAUGUAAUUGUUAAGGGAAUAUGGAUUCGCCUUCAGAUAAUAAAAUGCUUUUUGAGCCUGUCUUCCACUAAUGGACUUCAGUAGUGUAGUUGGUUGGCUAGUUUUGUCAAGCAAUCUGCAUUUUGAAGAUUCCAAAAAAUAAGAAUGAUGAAUAAGUAUCCCUACAAUGGUCUGUGCAUAUUGUUAUAAGAAAGGAUAUACAUGAUAUGAUCAUUUGAUGACACACAAGCUGAAGUCCACAGUGAGAGCUGAAAUGUCUCAGUAGUAGGUCAUGUCUGCUGGAGGCCUGGCUGUCCCUUACAUCACUACCAAACAUGUUGUUGUGGUGUUGUGGUUUGAGUUGGCUGUGUUGUGUAGUAAACUGAUUUUGUACAUUGUGUUAGGUAGGUUAGGGAAGGAUAGGGGUGGGUGGGUUGAACAAGCAGUCUGAGGGAGGGUACAAAUAAGAAAUAUGGGAGCUGUCUACAUUAAAGCCUCAUAGGAAAGUCGCCCAUUCAUCCUUAAACACAGACUUCCACCGCCAUGAGGGAUGGUGGGAUGAGAGAGGGGGAAAAAAGCCCUAUAUGAAGUCAAAAAAAGUGUCACGAACAAACAAAGUUUUACUAAGAGUCUCUUUAAACCUUUCUAUUUAUAUGGAUCUCUACUUUAGUAACAUCCUUCUAUAUUUAAACGUUGUACUAAUAUCAUGCUGUCAGGCAUGGUCGGAGAGUCAGUUGUAGCCAUUUACUAAUGUUGUAUUUAUUGUGUUACCAGUAAGGGGUAAAAAACAUUUAUAUAUGAAUAUAGAUAUAUCUAUUUGUUAUCUGCAACUCUUGGACAUAACUUUGCCUUUGAUUUUCAAAUUUCAUGCAGGAUUCAAUGCACUGUCGAUGUAUGAUGAGGUUUCUACCUGUGAUGUUUUUUUCAUUUGACAUUCAUUUGGUUUUAUUUCCCUUUCAGUUCACCUACUGAAUGUAUCUUCAAAAAAAAUUCUCAAACUUUUUAGGUAGAUGUUGUUUUAUAUAUAUAUAUAUAUAUAUAUAUAUAUAUAUAUAUAUAUAUAUAUAUAUAUAUAUAUAUAUAUAUAUAUUUAAUGCUAUUUAAAAAGCAUACAGUACUCUGUACAUUAUAUACACGUGUAAAUUAUAUAACAAAAUGUUUCUGAUAAUAUGCUGGACUUCUUCUGCUGACCCAGAUAGAUUAUAAUGCCCUGGCCAAAAAAAGAAAAAAAAAGUUGAUGAGGGAAGCAUUUAAAAGGAACACUAGUACCUUGCAGCCAGUGGGAGAGACAGAAAUGUGUGAUCAUUACAGGAUCAGUUAGAAUUUUUAUCAGCCAGGCUUUUCAAAUUUCAUAAGAACAAGGAGAAAGGGAGUGCCCCGUCCUGUGUGAGAGAGAAAGAUAGAGGGAUAGAGGGAGGAGGAAAAGAAAAACAGAUAUUUUUUAAAUAUAGAUUUUUCUCCCCGUUUUUUUCUGCUAGUCUGUUCUCUCUCCCUUUGUCUUUCUCCCCUGAAUCUCAACAUUAUCAAGGUGCUGGGAGCGAGUGCUAUGUGGGGGGGAGGAAAAGGAGGAGGAAAAAUAGGGGGGUAUGGAAGGGAGUGGGUACAGUCUCCUCUGAGGUACAUGGGGUGGACAAAUUAAAAGAAACUUCCAGUAGUAAAUCAUGAUAUUGACAACAUAUACUGUACUGAAGAAAACCUGUUUACUUUAUCUGUCUGUUGGCGAGCUUCACUGCAGCUUUCUGGGUUAAGAUCAGGCAUCUUAACUAACAUGUCUUAACACUUUAGAAGCGUGUUUACACAUUUAUGUUGAUUCAGAAGGGGAUUCAAACUACUACUAUUAGUAUUAUUAAGAAUGAACAUGAAAUAAUAGGAAAAACAUAAGUUUUUGUUAUAAUUCAUCACUUUAGGGCGCCUGGGUAGCUCACCUGGUAGAGCGUGCGCCCAUAUAAAGAGGUUUACUCCUCGACACUGCGGGUUUGACUCCAACUUGCGGCCCUUUGCUGCAUGUCAUUCCCCCUCUCUCUCCCCUCAUGUCUUCAACUGUCCUUUAAAUAAAGGCCUAAAAUGCCCAAAAAAUAAUCUUUAAAAAAUACAAAAAUAAUUAAUCACUUUAAUGAAUAUGUAUCAAAUUCUAUCAGCCCUUAGUGUGUACUUGACAUGGACCAUGAACAGAUGCAAGAGCCAUGUAAGACCUCACAUGAGUUGUUCUGACCCCAAUCAGUUUAAUGAUUAAUAAAAUUAUUGAUUUGUUAGAUGUCCUACAGAAAACAAUGUACUCAUCUCAGGGUUUGUUUGGUCAGGAAAAGAAGUGAUCCAGCCAAAAAACAUGUAUACAUGAAUGUAGCUCAGUGUAGCUAAAUGAAAGCAGCACAAGCUGCUGCUGAACAUGGCUGUAAAAACGGCGGCCUUUUAUGACAGCUCUUUUUUUAACCAAUGAAACAUUUUUAGGUGUACUAUGCGUUAUUUAAAAUAACAUAUCAAU